CCUCCAGGACCACCAGGUCCCGAUGGACCACCUGGACCAGACGGACAAGCUGGUCCAGACGGACCCCCAGGACCACUUGGUGAACCAGGUAUCAACGGACCACCAGGUAAACCUGGAGCUGAUGGAGAGACUGGACCACAGGGUGAUCGCGGACCAUCCGGCUCAUGCGACCAUUGUCCGCCACCACGUACCGCCCCGGGUUAUUAAACGAGAGAUUCUAUUUAUAGUCUUGAUAGAUCGAGACUGUUUAUUAAAGUUUUUGCAGUUGAUGAAAAUGGGUUUCAUUUUGCUUCGUAUUUGCCCUAGGAAAGUACUUACUGCGAAACAUAAUUUGAUUAUUUAAUG